AUGAACAAGAGCUGUGUCGCUUGCGCCGCUUCUAAGGUUCGAUGUGAUCUUGACCGAAAGGGAUCUUCCUGUUUGCGAUGUCUGCAAAAAGGUUGCCCAUGUGUAAGAGCCGGACGGAAGAAGCGGACUGGAACAUCCACGAAAGGCACCUCAAGGCAAUCGUCAGAUACGCCACAAACAGCCUGUGAAGAUCAGAGUCCCGACUGGGCGCCAUUGAAUGAGCAGCCCGUCAACCCCUUGUUCCUGGACACACCAUCGGUCGAUCAACCCGACAUUCUAACUCAGCUAGCUGAUAUCGAAAACUUCGUUGACGUGGGCUCCUGGGCAUGGAGCCCAGAGGAUCUGAAAUCAAUACUCGGUCAUCCUAUCCUGGCCCAAGAGGAUAUUACCACGCUGCCAGACUCAUCGGUGUCUUCGGAAAACACAACUUGUGAAGGAAUUCUUUGCCCUGACAACUUCCGGCUUCCGGCCGACUAUUGUCUGGAACUAGAACGCCCAGAAAUUAUUCAAGUGCUCCGAUUGGAGACGUAUGCAAGGCUUUUCUUUUCUCACUUUCACCAGUUUCUACCUCUAUUGCAUAUCCCAACAUUCUGCCUCGCCUCGUCACCGUCGGUGCUUGUUCGAACGAUAUGUUUCAUCGGUGCCAGCUUUGGCAGUCACCCAUCAGCCACCUUGGACGCAAGGCUUAUCUAUGGAUCCCUCCCAUCGGUAUUUGCUAAAUGUUGCCUCCGGUCCGAUGACCAGUCCCUAGAUUUUGAAGAAAUACAAGCGUUGGUCUUUUUGCAAUUUGCUACCAUGGCGAAUGGGGGAGUCGCUGAGCGGGUUGCCUCUCGACUAUUGCAUCCACUCCUUGUCACAAAUAUACGGCAUACAGGGUUCCUCAAAAUUCACGGGGAGUGCUCCAAAGCGGCACGAAAUGCCCAAUCAUGGACAGCGUGGAUUCGAAAGGAAUCAGAGAAGAGAGUUCUCUGGGGUGUUUACACAGUAGACUGCUACCAAUCAAUACUCUGUGGUAGCAAGCCUCUUCUCUCGCCAACAGAUACAAGAGCAUCUUUUCCUUGUGAUAAUUCGAGUUGGAAUGCUUACUCUGCAUCUUUGUGGGCCGAGCUCCCGGCUCAGGAUUCGUCGAGCUGUUUCCUAUCCUCUGUGAGGGGCUUGAUAGUCGGUCAGGUCACCGCAGAAUCAAACAUAAACAUUUUUAGCUUGAACCUACUGGUCUUGGCAAUGCAUACACUACUGUUAGAAGCCCAGACGUCCUUAUUGCCAGUGGAUCUGUCUGCGCUAGAACGAGGGCUACAAACAUGGUAUGUCAUGUGGAAGCAGUUCAGAAGAGAAUCCCACAAUCUUCACGAAGAAAAGCCAGGGAGCAUCCUUAUAUCAAACAGUCUAUCUCUUUAUCGCCUGGCGGUCCACUUUUUAAGAAAUGGACGCCCGGUACUUGACGAGAUGGCCUACAUGGAAAAGUCUACGAAUGCUGGAAAUCCUCUUGUCAUCAAGGAGCAGACCUAUCAGUAUGAGAUGAUGCAAUGUGUGCAGCGAAUGUUGGGCGAGUCGCAAGAGGGGGAAUAUUUAUCAACAAUGAUGUCCUAA